GCCGCGGCGUAUAUAUUGGCGGCGGGCGCGAGGAGAAGGCACAGUCAGUCACCAGCUGCCACUCCACAACCAUGAACGCAAAGAUCGUCAUCCUCCUCGGCCUCGUCGCCAUGGUCGCCGCCGACAGUGAUGAGUUCAGGGGUUACGGCGUCCCCAGGCGUGGAUCCUCCGAGUCCUUCGAGUCCUCCGAGGCCCAGUACAACUUCCAGUGGGCCGUGGACCACGACCCCUCCAGCAACGAGUUCGGCCACCAGGAGGCCCGCGACGGUGACGACACCAAGGGCUCCUACUACGUGCAGCUCCCCGACGGCCGCCUGCAGCAGGUCACCUACUUCGUUGACGGCGACAACGGCUACAUCGCCGACGUCAAGUACACCGGCUCCGCUGAGUUCGACUCCGACGAGUCCAACGAGUCCUUCCGUUACUACGGCUCCAACUCCAACGAGUCCAAGUAGACGCCAGAGCCGCCGCGACGCCCCGGCCCGGACCAAACCUGACAGUCAGACCCGCACCGCGACCCAUGGCGGUCCGCACCAUCUUAAUUUAUUUCAUUAUUUAUUAAAAAACUUUCUCCUGA